UUGGCGAUAUUGGAUUGUGUUGUGUCUUCUCAGUAUUGUUGCCAUUUGUUCUCUACUGCAAUUCCACCGUCCGCGUCGACGCUACCACCGCCAUCCCCCGUCCUCUUCUUCCUCCCUCUCUAAUAAGUGUAGUGAAAUGGGUUUGUGGACAUUACUUGAGGGGUUCCUGCUUCUUGCAAAUGCAUUAGCAAUACUUAAUGAGGACCGCUUUCUUGCACCUAGAGGAUGGGGCUUAUCUGAUUUCUCUGGUGGCCAGACAAAAUCUUUCAAAGGCCAGCUUAUAGGUCUCAUAUAUGCAACUCAGUACCUAAGAGUUCCUCUCAUACUUCUCAACUCUAUCUGCAUUACUGUAAAGUUAGUUUCUGGAUGAUAUCUAGCAAGGUUGAGGAGUUUUCAUCAGAUGAUUCAAGUUGUGCUUAGGCAGGAAUUUGACAAAUUCUGUUUUAGAAAUAUAUAUUGAAAGUUUCAUUAUUGGGAUGUGGAUCUAUUGCAUUUUUUUUUCGUGAAAUCACGUUUGCCAUCGACAUAUAAAUAGAAAAUGAGAUAACCGUUAUUGUGACUUUAGUGGGGUGGGCGUUGCAUUCAUCUUUUAAGAAUUAGUUACCAUCUU